AUGCCACCGCCAGAGUCAUCACGGCGAUCCAGCUCGCAACAACCCAGGACCCGAACCAGAGACAGAGACAGAGAUAGAGAACGACGGAAAAAUGGACAACGGAAGAGAAAGUCGGAGAGCUCGCGGCGCCCAGUUCCAGACUCGGAGGACAAUCGGGAUAGAAGCUCAAGAACAUUAUCAGCAAAUGCCUUAGCAGACCUUGAGAGGGAGAAUGCGCGCCAGAAGAAACGAAGCGAACGGGCGAGUCGAGCAUACAAAGGCGAAUCCAGAAAACCCCCACGGAGCGAAGAAUACCGGAAAAUAGCCCGCGAUCGUGAUCCUGACAGGCCACGGACUCAUGGCAAGAGCAAGAAGAAAAGGGUGGUGAGCGGAGCGAUCAUGGAAGAGGGACAUUCAAAAGCCCAUCUUCGUGGCGGUGGGGGAAGCGUUGAUACUGUUGAGCAAGAGAAGGACUAUUACCGAUCAAAACCGCCAAAGAAGAACAAAAAGAAAUUGUGGAUUGCAAUUGGUGUGAGCGUUGUCGUGCUUAUCCUCAUCAUCGUGGUGGCAGUCGUUGUCAGUAACAAGAACAAGAACAAAGAUGGAGGCAGCGACAAGAGCGACAAUUCAGAUGGUUCAACCGAUGAUACCUCAGACUUGGACGGAAUGGAUUACUCAACAAUACCUGAAAAAUGGCAAAAGACAUACCUCGACCCCUGGACGUGGAAGUCAACGACCGAUUUCAACCUUACCUUUACCGACGAGAUGGUUGGAAAUUUGCCCAUCAUGGGCCUCUACGACGACUGGGACGAUUCAGCUCAAGCCAACGAGAAUGUUCCGCCGUUGAACAAACCUUGGGGCUCUUAUGGCAAGAAACCUGCUCGUGGAGUCUGUAUCGGAGGAUGGCUCUACCUGGAACCCUUCAUCACGCCCUCUCUCUUCAACUACGAUACCAAGGAGCACAUCAUUGACGAAUGGACCUUGUCGGAGAAGCUAGGCUCUGACGCCGCAAAAACAUUGGAGAAGCACUACGCAUCCUUCAUCACAGAGCAAACCUUCAAGGACAUUCAAGCAGCAGGCCUGGAUCACGUUCGCAUCGGCUUCAACUACUGGGCUGUGGAAGUAUACGAUGGUGAUCCUUAUGUAUACCGAACAUCCUGGCGAUAUCUUCUGCGCGCUAUUGAAUGGUGUCGCAAGUACGGUCUGCGAGUCAACCUAGAUUUGCACGGUAUUCCUGGUAGUCAAAAUGGAUGGAACCACAGUGGCCGAUGGGGAUCUAUCGGUUGGCUGAAUGGGAAAGAUGGUUCUCAGAACGCCCAGCGCGCACUUGACAUUCAUGAUCGUCUGUCCAAGUUCUUCGCGCAGCCCCGCUACAAGAACAUCAUCAGCCAUUACGGUCUCGCCAACGAGCCGAGGAUGACCAGCCUCAAGACAACCGACGUCAUUCAGUGGACAGAAAAUGCAUACAAGAUUGUGCGCAAGAACGGCGUCAAAGCUCUCGUAGUAUUUGGUGAUGGCUUCAUGGGCCUCGAGAACUGGCAAGGCCUGAUGACGGGCUACGACGAUAUGGUUCUCGAUGUCCACCAGUAUGUCAUCUUCAACGAGAACCAGAUCGACUUCACGCACCAGAAGAAGGUUGAGUAUGCCUGUGACGGCUGGACCGAGCAGGCUGAGAUUAGUAUGGAUCGGUCGACAGGUUAUGGCCCCACCAUAUUCGCCGAGUGGUCUCAGGCAGACACAGACUGUGCCAAGUUCCUCACCGGAGUAGGCUGGGGCACUCGCUGGGAGGGCACAUACGACACCGGAGACACGAGCUCAUCUAUCCUCGAGCCUCGAUGCCCAACCAAGGACGACAAGUGCUCGUGCCGCAGUGCCAACGCUGACCCUGACGACUGGAGUGACGAGUACAAGAAGUUCCUCAAGAUGUUUGCCGAGGCACAGAUGCAUAGUUUCGAGAAGGGCUGGGGGUGGUGGUACUGGACGUGGAAGACUGAAAACAACCACCAGUGGAGCUACGAGUCUGGUCUCAAGGCGGGUGUUUUGCCAGAGAAGCCCUGGGAUCGCGACUUCAACUGCGACAAGGACGUUCCUGACUUUGAGAAGGAAGGGUUACCUGAGUAUCUAUAG